GGGAUGCGGUGAGGAGGAGAAAAAAGAGUGAGUCAGGGAAGGGAGGGGGAAAAGGCAUGAUGCAAAAACUGGAAUACAAUCUGGCUAAAGUCGCCCCUCCUUAACUUUGCUCACGUGUGUGUGUGUGUGUGUGUACACCCAUAAAAACACAGAAGCUGGCUUGCCCACACACACACACACACACACACACACACAUCGGCGACUUCUGUUUGGCUCGACCUGGAGCGAAGCGUCACUUCACGAUAUGACUUUAAGGCAUGGUUGGAAGGACACAUGAGGAAUCUGGGUCCCGCUCCUUUCGGAGACAGUGUCUGUGUACUGGAGUGGAUGACGCCUGUUGAUCGGUUCAUGAAUGCAGCACUGGUGCAGGGUAAGAGGAAGGGGGACUCCUAUGUCAGAGUUUUAGGAUGGCCAGCGAAGGCGCCACUAUUCCCAGUCCCGUCGUCCGCCAGAUUGACAAGCAGUUCUUGAUCUGCAGCAUAUGUCUGGACCGCUACGAAAACCCUAAAGUACUGCCCUGCCUGCAUACCUUCUGUGAGAGGUGCCUGCAGAACUACAUCCCGGCCCACAGCCUCACAUUGUCGUGCCCCGUGUGCCGCCAGACCUCGAUCCUGCCGGAGAAAGGUGUGGCGGCAUUGCAGAACAACUUCUUCAUCACCAACCUGAUGGACGUGCUGCAGCGGACGCCGGACAGCUGCAGCCAGGAGGCCGCCGCUCUCAACAACAUCACCACUGUGGCUACGGGCCAGCUCCUCUCCUGCCCCAACCAUGGAGGCAGCGUCAUGGAGUUUUACUGUCCUCCGUGUGAGACAGCCAUGUGUCAAGAGUGCACAAGUGGCGAACACGGAGAACACCCUACUGUGCCUCUGAAAGACGUGGUGGAACAACACAAGGCCUCGUUACAGGACCAGCUACACGCCGUCAAGAAGAGGUUACCAGAGAUCGACUCGGCCCUGCAGGUGCUGUCUGAGAUUCUGCAGCAGCUGACCAGUCAGAAGAGCUCCAUCGAGGACGACAUCCACACGACCUUCGACGAGUUGCAGAAGACGCUCAAUGUCCGCAAGAGUGUUUUACUCAUGGAGUUGGAGGUCAACUACGGCCUGAAGCAGAAGGUGCUCCAAGCCCAGCUGGACACUCUGCUGCAGGGCCAGGAGGGAAUUAACAGCAGCUGUAACUUCACGGAGCAGGCCCUGAGCCACGGCACCGAGGCCGAGGUGCUGCUGGUGAAGAAGCAGAUGGGCGAGCGUCUCGUCGAGCUGGCCAGUCAGGAGCUUCCUCUGCAGCCCGGAGAGAACGACCAGCUGGACUUCCUCGUGGAGACCGAGGGACUAAAGAAGUCCAUCCACAACCUGGGCACGAUAGUAACCACGAACGCUGUGGCCUCUGAGACCGUGGCGACAGGUGAAGGGCUGCGGCACUGCGUGGUGGGGGUGCCCACGUCCGUCACCAUAACCACCAAGGACAAGGACGGAGAGCUGUGCAAGAUGGGCAACGCGGUGAUCACGGCUGAAAUCUCCACACCUGACGGAAGCAAAGGUGACGGAGAGAUACUGGACAACAAGAACGGCACUUACGAGUACCUGUUCACGGCUCCUAAGGAGGGCACUUUAAACCUGUCAGUGCGUUUAUAUGACCAGCAUAUCAAAGGGAGCCCCUUCAAGAUAAAGGCCACCAAAUCAAUAGACGUGUCGCCGACUUCGGACGGCAUGAAGAAGAGGCUGAAGUCUCCAGGCAGUGGACACAUCAAGCAGAAGGCCAUCAAGAGGCCGGCCAGUAUGUACAGCACAGGGAGGAGGAAAGAGAAUCCCAUUGAGGACGACCUCAUCUUCAGAAUCGGCACAAAAGGAAGAAACAAAGGGGAGUUCACUAAUCUGCAGGGGGUGGCUGCCUCCUCUCUGGGAAAGGUGCUGAUUGCAGACAGCAACAACCAGUGUGUUCAGAUUUUUUCCAACGACGGCCAGUUCAAAAGUCGGUUUGGUGUCCGGGGCAGGACUCCGGGUCAGCUGCAGCGGCCGACGGGCGUGGCCGUCCACCCCAACGGUGACAUCAUCAUCGCCGACUACGACAACAAAUGGGUCAGCAUCUUUUCUAGUGAAGGCAAGUUUAAGAACAAGAUUGGCUCUGGGAAGCUGAUGGGUCCCAAAGGAGUGUCAGUGGACAGAAACGGCCACAUCAUCGUGGUCGACAACAAGGCCUGCUGCGUGUUCAUUUUCCAGGUCAACGGCAAGCUGGUCACCAAGUUCGGUAACCGCGGCAACGGUGACAGGCAGUUUGCAGGUACACUCAAUGGCCCUCACUUUGCUGCUGUCAACAACAACAAUGAAAUCAUUGUGACAGAUUUCCACAACCACUCAGUCAAGGUGUUCAACACAGAAGGAGAAUUCCUGCUGAAGUUCGGUUCUAACGGUGAAGGCAACGGCCAGUUCAACGCCCCCACGGGGGUGGCAGUGGACGUCAACGGGAACAUCAUAGUAGCAGACUGGGGCAACAGUCGGAUACAGGUGUUUGACGGCAGCGGUUCAUUCCUCUCGUACAUCAACACAUCAGCAGACCCUCUCUAUGGCCCUCAGGGACUGGCGCUCACCUCUGACGGACACGUCGUGGUCGCAGAUUCUGGCAACCACUGCUUCAAAGUCUACCGCUACCUGCAGUAGACCAUCACCUCACAACGCACAACCUGUACAGUGUGUGUGUGUGUAUACAUAUAUAUAUAUAUAUAUAUAUGUACACACACACACACGCACAGAUUAUUAUACAGCGACUGGAAGAUUUUUCACUCACCCACUCAUCCUUGAAUCGUGCUGUCGUCGUGCCAUCUGUUUGACUGUUCUCCUCCACAGAUGGCUGCUGCUGACUGGUGCUCUGAGGAGUCUCUCAUAACGACCUUGUGCACAUUCCAUCGUAACUGUGCUGAUUUGAAAAAAAAAAAAAAAAAGAAGCUUUAACAUUGUGCAUAAGGUAGAUUUUUGACUUCUCCUCACAAUGCAGAAAACUGGAAAAUAAUGCACUUCCUCCUAAAAAAAAAUAAAAUAAAAUACUGGCUGGACACUGUGUGAGGGGAGGUUGAAAUAGAAGCGAAACAUUACCUGAGAAAUAAUAGAACUCCUGUUUAUAGUAAUACUAACUGCAGCUUUCCUGUUAAUUGCUCUUAAGAGUCCUCACGUUUUUGCCUGCUCAACAUAAAAGUGUUCCACCUAUUGUAGGUAAGUAACAGGGUAUUUUCAAGCAUGAUUAGGCAUCUCUGUGCAUGCUGGUUUUACUAACAAACACCUGAAAGGCUACUGUGCACAAUGUAUAAACCCAUCUACAUCACCGCAAGACACUUUACUUUCAAGAUGCACAGUUUGCAGAUGAGAUCGUUGGAUUUAGGAAACGACCACAGUGCGUGUUUGUGUGUGCGACACAAGUGGGACUGUGUGUGAUCAGAUAUUCUUAGUGCUGCUGUGUAGAUGUGUGUGCGUGUGUGCACCUGUGUGCUCGGGUUUGAACGGAGCCUCUUAAUAUUUCAGCUUCUGCUGCGAUCAUGUGCGAACAUAAUUUGUUGCAGAAUUCAAGCAAAAAGCAGAAAAGAAAAACUCCUCAAGGUUCACUAGUCUUCAAAAAGAGAAAAAAAAGUAAAUUACCUUCACUCCUCUCCAUGUGCUCUUAUGUCUAGAAAAGUCUGGAGACCUACCACCAGGUUGUUUUCCAACAAAACAAUCUUUAUCUUCACAAAACACACAUCCAAUACGUAGUUCAACAGCCGAGGUGUUAUGUUGUGAAAAUGCACUUUUAGAAAGCCUUGCUCAGACGUGACUGUCUUCAAGCACACAAUUGUCAUUAUUUGUCGUCCUGAAUUUAGUCAUCCAUUUUCUACACAGUCCUGUACAAUGAUUUGUUUUCCAUUGUCUUGUUUAUAUUUGUAAUGCCAAAUUGAAUUAAAGUGCCCAUAGAAAAGAA